CCGUCGCUUUCCUCCUCCUCCUCCCACCAAUGUAUUCUGUUCCAUGCUUCUUCGACUUCUCUUCGGCGCUCUCAUGAGACUUGGUUUCCUCCGCUCCGGUGACUGCCGCCGCGCUUCUCUUACGUCGCCUUGGAAGGUCGGCGGAUGAAGUGAUCAAUAAAAGGGCGAUUGGGCUGUGGCUGAUGGGGGGUGCAGGGCUCGGGCUGGCGGCGGCUUGCGCGGUAGCGACGUGCGCGAUCGCGACGGUGAUGGUUGCCCACAGGGUUAGGAGCAGACGGCGUUGGGGGCGGGCGGUGGCGCUGGUGAGGGAAUUCGAGGAGGCGUGCGCCACCUCCGUCGGGAGGCUACGCCAGGUGGUGGACGCCAUGGCGGUGGAGAUGCACGCUGGCCUCGCUUCGGAAGGUGGCAGCAAGCUUCGUAUGUUGCUCACCUUCAUCGAUAAUCUUCCCGAUGGGAGUGAAGAAGGUACAUACUAUGCUCUCGAUCUAGGAGGUACAAAUUUUAGAGUCCUGCAGAUUCAGUUCAGUGGUAAAGGGUCCAUGAUUUUGACUCACAGAGUCCAGCGACAGCAAAUUUCCCAGGAAUUGAUGACUGGCACAAGGGAGGAAUUGUUUAAUUUUAUUGCUUCCACAUUAAAACAAUUUGUGCAAAGAGAAGAUGAUGGUAUUGAUCAAAUACCGGAUGUUAGAAAGGAUCUUGGAUUUACAUUUUCUUUUCCUGUGAGACAAUUGUCUGUUUCUUCUGGUCUUCUUAUCAAGUGGACUAAAGGGUUUUCAAUUAAAGAUGCUGUUGGAAAAGAUGUUGCUCAGUGUUUGACUGAAGCCAUGUUAAAGACUGGACUGAACAUGCGGGUAGCGGCACUGGUUAAUGAUACUGUUGGCACAUUAGCUCUUGGCCAUUAUUACGAUGUUGACACUGUAGCUGCAGUGAUAAUUGGAACGGGAACCAAUGCUUGCUAUCUUGAAAGGACUGAUGCAAUUAUAAAGUAUCAAGGCCUUCUUACGAACUCUGGUGACAUGGUUGUCAACAUGGAAUGGGGAAAUUUCUGGUCAUCACAUCUACCAAGAACACCCUAUGACAUAUCUCUAGAUGAUGAGAGCCCCAAUCGUAAUGAGCAGGGUUUUGAAAAAAUGAUAUCAGGGAUGUACUUGGGUGAAAUUGUUAGAAGGGUUCUUCAGAGGAUGGCAGAGGAGUCAGAUAUCUUUCCAGAUGCUGUGCAAAAUCUGUCAGUCCCCUUUGUCAUAAGGACACCUUUGAUGGCAGCAAUGCACGAGGACAACUCACCUGACUUGAGAGAAGUCGGGAAGAUACUUGAAGACCAUUUGAAGAUAUCUGGAGUCUCAUUGAAGGCAAGAAGGCUUCUUGUUAGAGUAUGUGACAUAGUCACGAGAAGAGCUGCAAGGUUAGCUGCAGCAGGUAUAGUUGGGAUACUAAAGAAGAUAGGACGAGAUGGGAGUGCAGGCGUUGCAAGCGGAAGAACGAAGGGCAAACCGAGAAGAACGGUCGUGGCAGUCGAAGGAGGUCUUUAUGUUGGGUACUCGAUGUUCAGGGAGUACUUGAAUGAAGCCGUUGCAGAGAUCUUAGGCGAGGAGGUUGCCCCGUAUGUUUGUCUUCGGGUCUGUGAGGAUGGAUCGGGAACAGGCGCUGCUGUCCUUGCUGCAGCAUAUUCAUCAAAUCGAUAAAACUACCUUACACAUUGUAUCAUUCUGUGCAAAAUGUAAAAAAUUCAGUAUAUAAUGCAUGUGCAAGGUUGAUGUGCAGAACUUUCAAUUA